AUACAUAUAUACAUAAAUAUAAAUAAAAUAUUAGAUAUGACUACAUUACAUGUACUCUACAGGAAUGAUAAGACUGUGAUACAGUUCACUGCCAACACAUUGUUGUCCGACAUACUUAAGAAAUCAUGUGUUCAUUACAAGCUAUCAGACCCUGCCAACUAUAACCUGUUAUACAAUCAGAAGCCUGUCAACUUGUCAUUGCCUUUCAGAUUAUCGGGUAUACCAAGUGCCAGUCGUGUUACUGUUAUAGAGAACACCUCGAAUAGAUCUGUACAGAAUAUACGUGUUGCAUUGCAGUUGGAGGAUGGUCGACGUCUACAGGCCAACUUUGCCACAUCUAGCUCACUCUGGGACAUACUCCUGCACUUUGAGAAGACAGAGUCCGCACUGAACCUCGUCCGAAGAACAGAUGACACUACAACACAUUACUAUCAACCUAUCCUGAUGAUAUUGAACAAAGAGGUAUGUAUACCUGCUUGCUCUCGCUCUCUUGUCUCACACUGCAACAUCAUUGCAGUGGUAUCACCAUCAUCUACAACAUCGACAGGCGACUCACCAACUACGAUCAUCACCCCUACGACAGUAUCUCCCCAGACAAAUACCGAUAGCAAAGCGACAUCUCCAACACCAGCUGCAUCAACUACUACGACCACGACUACGACUACGACUACGACUUCCAAACCUCUACAAUCAUCGCCAACAGCGUCUAUCCCAUCCCCAAUUGCACCAAUGCAGAUCAAUGUGGAACCACCUGCCUCAAAACCAUCGGAUCAACCAAAGCAAGAGGUCGACUUUUAUGAGAAGGCAACAGGAAUAUUGAAGCAAUUCACCUCCUCCACCUACGAUGAGUACAUGGCGCACCACAAUCAGGUGGUGAAGCCAACAACUCUGCCCCCAGUGCCCCAGACCCAACCAGACCCUCCCGCUGACAGAAAGCUGUCCGUCUACAUCCCAACUGAGGAAGAGUUGGACCCAUCGCGUAUGUUGUCAACCUUUGAAACGCUACACUCACUCUUUCCACAUUACUUACUUAAUGACGUUCAUUCACCAGAGAUUGAGUUUGACGAGAAGUUCACAACUGAGGACUUUAAGAGAUUGAUUGAAGCCAACAAACGAAUCAAGAAGGAGAAUGAUGAGUUCCAGGCAAUCCUUAGAACAAAGGAUAUGAGGGAUAGAUACAUGGAACAAAAGACCAAGAAGUAUGUGACCACAACGAUUAGACUAUACUUCCCAGAUAGAAAGAUACUGGAGAUGACUUUCCUUACACACGAGAGAAUAUCAAGGUUGUACGAAUACGUAUCCACUCUCUUUGAUCAAGAAGCACCUCCACAAUACUAUCUAUAUAUCACUCCUCCACGCAAGGAAUUGACAGACAGGGAGACCACUCUGAAGAAGGUAGGUCUCUUUCCUGCAGCCAAGGUAUACCUUGGUUUGAAGAAAGGUUCACCUGCAAUCAAAUUCGCCAAGGAAGUUGAGGACCUUUUGGCCGUUGCUUAUAAGUCGGCACCAGUGUCCCCAACAACAGCUGCUCCUGCUCCAACUGCUACGUCCCCAUCUACAACCACAACGACAACAACAGCAUCAACAACUUCUACAUCGACCACAUCUCCAAAUGCCGCCACUACUACCCAAGGUAUAUUCUCACCAAGCUCCAAGGAUGUCGAGAUGAUAGACACAAAGAAGGAUGAUGACGAUGAAGAUGCACCAAUGACAAGAGAUGAAGAAACGACAACUGUCAAGAAGCCAGUGCCAUCAUGGUUCUCAAAGGGAAGAAAG